AUCCUUGAUUGAAGCUCUGUACAUUACAAGGUGUACACGAACGCAGCACUGAACUCCAGCAACUGUCAUGGCGUCUUCCUUGAAGGGGGUUUGGUACUGGAGAAAGUAGCUGCUGUCACUUACCAGUUUCUCCGUAUUAAAGCGCAGCUGACGUGGACUGAAGAGUUUUGGGGCGCCGGUAGUUAAAAUGGGGACCGUCCAUGCUAAGAGUCUGGAUCCACUCCCAAUGCAUGGCCGGGACUUGGAUGUCCACCCUGAAGAUUUCAUGGAGACUCCAGACCAAGGGCAAGACUCCAAACAGGAGAUCCUUGAAAACAAAGAUGUGGUUGUCCAGCAUGUGAACAUCCAGGGUCUGGGGAGAACCAAAGAGGAUCUGCUUGGCUAUGAGAUCUCUGAUGUUUUCCAUGCCAAAAAUCUCAUUGAUGUGAUGAAAAGAGCUCAUGUCGCUAGGCAGAGGCUGCUCCGCCUGGGAAUCUUCAAAGACGUCGAGGUUCUGAUCGACACAUCUGAAGGUACAGAUGCUCUGCCCAAUGGCCUGGAUGUAACUUUUGAGGUGACAGAGGUCAAGAGGCUGACAGGGAGCUACAAUACCAUGGUUGGCAACAAUGAAGGAAGCAUGGUUCUGGGUUUGAAGCUGCCCAACAUGUUGGGGCGAGCUGAGAAACUUACCUUCCAGUUCUCCUAUGGGACCAAGGAGACGUCCUAUGGCCUGUCUUUCUUUAAGCCCCAACCCGGACAUUUUGAACGCAACCUCACCCUCAACAUGUACAAAGUGACGGGCCAGUUUCCAUGGAGCUCCUUGAAAGAGACUGACAGAGGUGUAUCUGCAGAACUGAAUUUUCCUCUUGGCGUGACCAACCACACGCUGAAGUGGGAGGGUGUAUGGAGGGAGCUGGGCUGCCUGGCGCGCAGCGCUUCCUUUGCUGUGCGAGAGGAGAGUGGACACUCACUGAAGUCUGCUCUCUCUCACACUGUGUCAGUUGAUUCAAGGAACUCUGCCAUCUUUCCCAGCAGAGGUGCCUUACUUCGCAUCAACCAGGAGCUGGCUGGAUACACUGGAGGAGACGCCAGCUUCUUGAAGGAGGAUUUUGAGCUGCAGCUCAACAGACGGCUCUUCUGGGAUUCUGUUUUGUCUGCCUCUCUGUGGGGUGGGAUGCUGUAUCCCAUUGGAGGACAGCCGUCCUGCAUAGCUGACAGGUUUUACCUUGGAGGCCCAACUAGUGUACGAGGAUUUGGGAUGUACAGCAUCGGGCCACAGAGUGAAGGUGACUACCUGGGUGGAGAAGCAUACUGGGCAGGUGGUCUGCACCUCUACACUCCUCUACCAUUCAGACCAGGCAAGGGAGGCUUUGGAGACCUUUUUAGAACACAUUUCUUUCUCAACGCAGGAAAUCUCUGCAACCUCAGCUAUGGUGACGGUCCACGAGCACACCUUCAGAAGCUAGCUGAGUGUAUUCGCUGGUCGUACGGAGCGGGCAUCGUACUGCGGCUUGGAAACAUCGCCAGACUGGAACUCAACUACUGUGUGCCCAUGGGAGUUCAGAGUGGGGACAGGAUAUGUGACGGUGUCCAGUUUGGAGCUGGAAUUCGUUUCCUGUGACCUCAUCUGUCUGCCGCCCCGAGUCCUCCAGUCGCUGAUGUGAAAAGGGAAACGUUUUGUCAUUGUCACCUGUAACUUGUCGUAGACUGUGUAACACUAGCAUGGAUCCUGGAUAAAAAUGUGCCUGACCUUGCCAAACUCUUCUUUUACAUGCAACAAAAUGAUAGUUAGACAUUUUACAGAACUCAGCUGAUUGGUCAGUCAGACGCAACCUGAUAUAAAAUGUGUUUAGCAGCUCUGUAAAAUACCCAACACGGGUGAAAAAGCGUCUCAGCAGUCAUUGAUCGAUGAUUCCUCUUCCUGGUUUGUUUGCUUUUCCUUUGUUUGAGGUCAGCAGCACUGGCACCUUGUUUGUGGUAAAAUAAUCCAACCAAGUUGUUUCCCGUGACAACACAAAAUAAAGAAUUUCCAGAAUGUUUAAAGAUGUUCUGGGCAUGCAACAUGCCAUCUGCUUCUCCAGGAGCAUCACAUGUUAAUCAUUUAAUUUGACAGUUAAACAUACACCGCACGCUCUCUCCUGAGUUGGCGUGUUUGCUCGAAUUGUACUUGAUGGACUGCAGUAUAGAAACCAGCACUUUUUUUGAUCACAACGGUGGCGCGGGAAGGAAGCGAAGAGGAGCGGCGUUCCCGUGCUCAUCUGUCAGACGUGCAGAGGCGGGAACCCUCCCCCGAGCAGCAUCCACCAACAGUGCUCUUACCUCUUUUUGAUGUUGUUCAAGCUAUUCACAAAUAAAUCACAUCUGCUCCCUGCUUUC